GCAGCGCGCCAGCUCUGCCCGCUGGCAGGAACCACCCGCAGCACAGCGGGAACGGGCCGGGCGACCCUCAGACCCAGCCCAGGAAGGAGCCGGUGAGCUGCACGGCCAAUGUGUUCGGUUCGGCUGUUACCACUCCACCCACCACCAUUAUUGCAGCAAAAGAGACUCGGGUGAUGUGGCUGUCCCUCUGAAUUUCUGGCCUGUAACCGUCUGUGGAAACCUUCUGCCUUGAACUUGUCCGAUCUCUUUCUGUGGAACAUUUUGGAUGCGUGUUAAAAACAGUCUCUAGCCUCAGAUCUCGCUGAACAUGUUCUCUGCCAUGAGGUUGCAUGGAGUUUGCAGAGCCAUGAGAUUCCGUCAUUUCAGAUCCCGUUCUGUAUCCAGCACCUCUCCAAACUUGACAUUCGUGCCAGCCUGUCUUCCCCCACAUCCCAUGGAAGUAGAGGAGCUGCAGCGCUUUGUUUCUAACUCCAAGAGGCUGUUUGUGAUGACUGGAGCUGGAAUCUCGACGGAAUCGGGGAUCCCAGAUUACCGCUCUGAGGGUGUUGGGCUCUACGCUAGGACAGACAGACAGCCCAUCCAACACGCUGAAUUCGUUCGUAGUGCCGCUGCCCGGCAGAGGUACUGGGCAAGGAACUUUGUAGGCUGGCCCCAGUUCUCCUCCCACCAGCCAAACACAGCACACCUGGUACUAAGAGACUGGGAGAAGCUGGGGAAGCUGCACUGGCUGGUGACACAGAAUGUGGAUGCCCUUCACACCAAAGCCGGGAGCCAGCGCCUGACAGAACUGCACGGCUGCACACACAGGGUUUUCUGCCUGGCUUGUGGAGACCAAAUCUUACGCUCUGAGCUUCAGGAGCACUUUGAAGCUCUGAAUCCUACCUGGAAAGCUGAAGCGUUCGGUGUGGCUCCGGAUGGGGAUGUCUUCCUGACGGACGAGCAAGUGCAUAAUUUCCAAGUCCCAGCCUGCCGUAAAUGUGGUGGAAUCCUGAAGCCUGACGUGACAUUCUUUGGAGACACGGUGAGCCGGGAAAAAGUGAAUUUUGUGCACGAACGCCUGGCGGAAUCAGACUCCAUGCUGGUGGCAGGAUCCUCUAUGCAGGUAUACUCUGGUUACAGGUUUGCUCUCGCUGCCCGGGAGAAGCAGCUGCCAAUUGCAGUCCUUAACAUUGGGCCCACAAGGGUAGAUCACUUUGCAUCCUUAAAACUGAAUUCCCGCUGCGGUGAGCUGCUGCCUUUGAUUGUUGCAUGUGACCCAACAAGCUGAGCUUCAGUAGCACUCAGGAAUAAAAUUAUUUCUACAGGGACUCAUCAUUUCAAAAGGGGAAAACCUCAGUCUCCGAGACAGCUGUGAGAUCAGUGCAUGGCCCCUGAUGACACCAGGAGAGGGCAGCAAACCUCGCACAUGUCAGCCUGGCCAGUUUUCUCCAUUGAAACCAUCUCCACUUACCAGGAAACAGGAUGAUGAUGAAAAAAGUACUUUUCUGCCUUACCUUGUCAUUGUAAACGGUGCCUUGUCUUUUCAUUCACUGAGACAGGAUAAUCAGACUACCAUAUCUGAGAACAAAAUACCUUUCUUAUAAUAGUCCCCAGAGAAGAAUGAGGGACAGGGAUUUUGGCUGAGUAACGGCUAUAGCGCAGGAAGGCACUGUGGAAAACCAAGUAUCUGCUGGAGGAUCCAAAACCACUAGUGGGCAACUGUGGAGUGUGCAAAGAGGAAAAGGAGGCAAGAGGAACUGCAGUUGUCAUUUUUUAAGGAAAAAAAAAAAGAUUCAAAAUAGAAGCUGACAAGAAUACUGCUCUUGUAAGAGAUUAUUUGAAAGCAUAGACUAUAAGGCUGACAUCUUCCAGCAAGGAGGAGAAGUCAGCAUUUCUCUCAACUGUCAGUUGACAAGUUAAACAGCUUACUAUCUGAACCCUUUAAAAAUAAUAUAUUGUUGAAAUGCCAGAGGAGUUACUUUAAGCUAAUCUGACCAGCACUGCUUUCAGUGUGGCUGCUACAUUUUCCAGAAUGCAUUUUUUGAAAAUGUUAUAUAAUUAAUGAAUAGCUAAGUAGUGAAUUAAAAUUGUUUACAAGAUUGAUACUAUUUGCAUUAUAAUUUCCUCUCCCUCCUAUGAUUUAUUUUAAGUACAGUCUCAACAGCCAGUUUAGAUUCAUUUUCUCCAUUGCAAAAAUGCAGGAUGUAAUUACUAACAGCUGAUGAAUUAAGAGAGAAAUACAAUUAAAUCUGUACAAUAGGUCUCCCUCAGGAGGUAAUCUCAAACUAUUAAUAGAUGUAAUUUUCCACACUCCUAACAGGAGAUCCAUCACUACUGGGUAACCAUUUUUUGUUGAUCCUUAGGGUGGUAACAUAAGCCAUAUUAAACUAUUUAUGGAGUAAAAGACAGAAUCUUGCCCAGACUAAAACACUAAAUUUUUGACCCAACCUUCUGCAUGAAUCUACCACUCCCCUUCUGGCUGUGAGGGAGAUUAAUUGUUGGGGUCUUCCAAAUGCCCCAGUCCUACUCUCCCCAUAAGACAUCCUGUAUUAGUAUUUUGACAAGAACUGUCACACGCGGUUAGCAAGGAUGCCAGAGUCACCUGCUAAAUGGUCAAAUAUCAAAGCAAGGACAACAGACCACAUGCUGCAAAGUUCUUGUUUGCUUUGUUGCUGAUUCAAAUCCAUGCCAGGCAGGAGCAAGUAAACCACAGAAUUUAAGGGAUACUUAGGCACCCAAUUUCUGCAGAAGGUAGAGGAAAUUAAAGAUACUUAAUGCAUUUCAAGAUGUGGCUGUUAUGGGUCAGAGGUGACAUGGCUUCACUUAGAAGCCAAGCGAGGUAAGUUCAGGACCCCUACCUGCAUUCUGCUCUCAUUUAAUAGAGAUCCCACUUUCCAGCAAGUUAGGGAUCUGCUGUUUGGUAGUGAAGAAAGCUCACAGAUGUCACUCAUCCUUAGCAUCGUACAGCUGUCCUGCUAAUCAAAGCUUUUACAGAGUCUCCACACAGCCAGAGUGUUUCUUUGCAUAGGUUUUUCUGUGUAAGAAGAGACAUUUAUGCCUCCUUAGCAGAGGAACUGGGGCUGGGUUUCUCACUUGUAUGUGUCAUUUUCUGCACCACCUUGAAACUUGUAUGACAUAGGUAACAGAGGUUGCAGGUUUAGUGCCAGUAGAGCCAGCAUUUCGAGAAGGUGGGGAGCAUUGCCAAGAAGUCUAAAACAAGAAAACAUUUCCAGUGAGGACUUGGCAUUAGCAAUGUGACAGAUAACUAACCUCCCACAUCUAUCCCUGCCUCUUCUCCUGUUCAGCAGCUGAGCCUGUGAGAGACGAGUCAGGGUGUCUCUUCAGUAUUACUAAUAAAUAAGCCAUGUUACCCUGACCCUCCACCACUGAUUAUACUUUUAAGUCACUAGGACAACGACUUACAGUAAAUUUCCUGUGCGUGGUUUAUUACUAUAGGUUAAAGAACAUAUACACAAGAAGUAU